AUGGAUUCCACGUUGUGCAUGGACGAGUCUCAAGAUGAACUAGCCAGAUAUCUCAAUAUUUUCGAUCGAGUUGAAGCUUUGACUAAAGCAGGAAUGAAUGGAUCAGUCCCAUUCAAAGAGUCAAUCUCAAGAACGAUGAGCACAAUCAAUCCGACUAAAAGACAGUAUGAGACUUUUCUUAAACGAGAAAUCAAGAAGCGAAGAGUUGAUGUAUAUUUGGUGACAGGGGGGUUUUAUGACCUGGCCUGUUUGACUGCGGAUCUAGUUGGAAUUGAAAAAAGUCACAUUUUCUGCAACACAAUACACUUUGAUAAUACUGGCAAAUAUGUGCAUUUCACCGAUGAGAAGCUAUCAAAUGGAUUGGGAAAAACAGGUAAAGCGGCAGUGAUGGAGCUGUUAAAAAGAACAAAAGGCUACAAAAAUCUCGUGAUGAUCGGCGAUGGAGCAAAUGAUCUCGAAGCAUCACCGCCUGCUGAUGCCUUUAUUGGUUUUGGAGGAAAUAUUAUCCGAGAAAGUAUCAAAAGGCGCGCAGGAUGGUUUGUAAUGGAUUUUGCUACAUUGCAGCAAGCAUUGCGAAGAAUGAGAGAAAUGCCAACGAUAAUCCAUUCAUUUUUCUGUUUAUUUGUUCUCUUGGGAUCGAUAAGGGCAAAAGCUGAGCCAGUCCCAAGAGAGCUCCAAUGUCAUAUUUGGUAUCCCCGUUGUGCUGAGGGAUGGUACUGUGCUCCGGUAUGGGUUUGCUCGGAGAAUUGGUGUCCCACACAAGGGAAAUGUACGCAAUUACCGAAUGAAGCAAACACUUGCGAUUUGACUGUAACAAGGAAAAACCUCUGUGGAUUGAGGCAAUUUUGUGCCAAAGUGAACAAAGGAAACACUGUGGAAGGACGAUGUGUUGAUUAUUUUCCUGGCUUACAGUAUAUGGGUUCGAGACCAAGAAGAGAUGGAACAUGUUAUUUGGGAGGAUUUGAGGGAUAUCAAGGAUCAUCUUCAGAAAACGAGUCUUCCUCUGAUUAUUCACCUGGCCCUUCAAAUCGUUUAAAGGAAAAAGAGGAAGAAGAUGAGAGAAAUGGGAAUAGAAGAAGAUCUCUCCGAUCAUCACAAAUUGGAUCAAUUCACAUAUCAUCUUCCUCAUCUUCAAAAGAAAGUUCCAUUGUUUCUUCACCUCCCGAUAAUGAACAGAGUGAGCCUUCAAGGACAUCUUCCCGGACACAAACCAUCAGGUCAAGCGCAUCACUAAAUCUCUCUCGAGAGAUCUCAUGUGAAAAAGAAGAUCCAUCACAAACAUGGGUGAAAAGUUAUGAAUUACGGAAAUCGAAAAGUUGCAAUGGCCUGAGAGUAAGAAUUCCAAAAAGAGGUGGAUCACCCCCAUUGACAGUUAGAAGAAGAGCUGAACAAGCCGCACAAGCUGCCGCUUCAUCUUUUCAAGCUGCUUUCACUUUGUACAAAUGCAUUCGUCGUCCAUUUCUCCUCAGAAAUCACGUGGCUUUUUUAAGCAAAAACCAAUUGGAUGAUCGAGCACUCGAUUAUGAUUUUACACAAGAGCUGCCACCAAAACUAUUAAAAAGCCCAAAAUCAAUUCGAAAACAAAAGUCGUCAUUUGAACGACGUGAAAGUCUCAAUGAUAUCUGUUAUCUUCUCGGUGAUCGGCAAUGUUUAGAUGAGCUGAAGAAAUUGACUGCCUGCAGAACCUCAACUCCUUUCAACUUUUCAAUUGGAACUUUGGCUCAAAUUUUGAAAAAUGGCGACGAAAUGCCAAUGAGAAGAUGCUCAGGCUAUAUGAGGAAACUAAUGGCUACAAAAAUCUUGCCUAAAAGCGAGCCGAUGAGCGAUCUCGAAUUGCGGGAUAUUUGUGUGAAAUUGAGACAUGUACACGUGCCAGCCCCUCAUAAUGAAAAUCUUGAAGUUCAAUGUUUCCUUUCAUUGGCGACUUUUCCGAUGGGCACAAUGAGUGAACCGAUUCCAAUUGACGGCAUUGCCCCAAUCGAGAAUAAUAUUGUUUUCCGAGAAAAAGAUGGUGUCACAAUUCUCUUGAGAUCCGGAAAUGAAGCAAUCGAUUUUGAGAAACAUCAACUCUCGCUAGCUGCUUUGAUUUUUAAGGUUGAUGAGAAAAGCACUGGAAGAUUCUACUAUGGAGCUCAAGCUGUUUAUGAAGCAAAUCGAGAGCUGAUUGAGCUGAAGACUCAUGAAGUACGCUUGAUCGAACAGGAAACAGUGAAAAAAUUUCUUCCUCGAAAACAUCUCUCCGAAAUAACAGAAGCGGCUGAUUUAAUGGUUGAAGUGGAAAGAAAUCCACAUUUGUACAAGGCAAUUAAAGAAUCUGCACAGAAGAAAUCCAAGCAAAGCGCUCAUUUGAUUGUGAAUUUUAUUGAUUUGGACACAGAAUUCGGAGAUGAUCGAGAAGAAGAAGAACCGAUCAGAGAGAAAUCUCUCACGUCAAAGGGAUGUGUUCCAAGUUGUCCGAUCAUCACAAUGAAACCUGCAACACCAAUGAAACAGACUGAAGAACCACGAAGAUCUUUGAAGAGGGAAAUUCCUGAGACAAGCUCUCCACCUCCAUUGAAAAGAAAUGCUUCUGUUGCAUCAAGUAUGGGAUCGAAUGGGAACAAGAAGAAUUCACAAAAUGGAUCAAAAGAGAAAAAUGAAGAUCAAAAAGCAAUUGAACCAAUGGAAGAGCUAAAAUCAAAGCUUGAUCGAAUGGAUCAUCAUGCAUGGUUGUUUAAGGACAACAGCCUCGCUUUCCUUGAAUAUUUUGAUCCAAUGCUCAAGCCAGGAAUAGAAGGAAGACUCGAGAAUAUCACCAAAAUAAUGAAGUAUGAAUCGAUGGAGGAACUUCAAAAAGAUGCACAAAUUCUAAAAUGGUUGCGAUUUGUGCUGAAUCCCGGAUUUCCCGCGUUGCUCAUUUACGAAUUCUACGCUUGCACCCGGAAAAACGUGAAAGAUCUUCACAAAGUGCUCUUUCAUGGAAGAAAUCAUCCUUUUUUAAAAGAAGAAGAGAUGGAAAGGAUAUUCAAAGAAGGAGUAAGACGAAUGAAAGCUGAUCAUCCAGAGAAAUGUGUGCUCUGUGGUCGAUCCUCACCCAAUCUCUUUUCUCUUCUCCUUCACUACCAUACUUCAUAUCCAAGGUUUUCGAUCAAGAUUCGACUAGAUCCACCAUCUGAUGAGGAAUAUAUACCUGAAGCAAUCUUUCUGGAGGUUUGUUUGGAUGAUAGUCACAGUGAUGAGUGUGUUCUUCCAUCGGAAAGAGAUCUCGAUCAAAACUCGACAAUCAACCGACCACAACGCUUACCCAAAUUUCAUUUAACAAGAGCUCAAACUUCUCACUUCAAAAAGGAACUUCGAAUGGACAACUUGCUUUUCACAACAAUUUCCAGACCGAGAGCUCCUGUCAGAUUCAAUCACACAGUUUACGCGAAUGAGCGUUGGAAUAGCGCUUUUGCAUCAAAUGCCUAUCAAAUUGCUCGUAAAAUGAUGUUCGAAUACUCGAUGAUGUGUCUUUAUGAUUACAUUGAUAUUGAUCCAGAGACACUCCGAUAUAUGGGUCUCUACAAUUUUUUUCGUUGGAGAGUCGGGCCGAAUUUCCAAAAAUCCCCACAUCAUGCUUUGCGUCUUUUCUUUAUUGCAAACUAUCGUGCACUUCUUUCUUUUGGAAUACUUGAUCGAUUUCAUGUUCAUCUAUUGGAGAUCAAGAACUUGAGGCAAAUCACCGAUGAGCAAAUGGAAGAUCUUGAAUAUAUGUUAACAGAGACUGCUGACGAAGAUCCAUCUCUCCAUUUGAAUCCUCUUCAAUGUCCAUUCUCCUAUUAUCGACUUUCGCUAUUGAAGAGAGCUGAUGAAAUCUUUCUUUCCAAUGAAAAGAAAUCAUUUAAAGGCUUAUUGGUACAAGAAGACCCAGAAACGACAAGAGUGAUGAAUAGCUGUGUGAAGGUCAAAGUGAUCCCAUCUCAACUUUCACGAGAAGAUAGAGAGAUCCUUAUUCAAGCUAUUGAUUCCGUUCUUCCAAAAAAUGAUCAACUCUACUUAUUCAAAGCCAACAGUUCAAAGGUGAUAACUGGUGUUUCCUAUGUACCGGAAUCUCUAUUCUCUCAAAAUUUCGUCCUUCAUUAUGGUGUUCUCUUCAAUGCAACAUAUCAUGAUCAAAAUCUUCCAAAACAAGACUUUCAAAUGGAAGAUGUUCCAAUUUUGAAACUUCCCGAGUAUCCAUCAAACAUCAAAAGAGAAUCGAUUGACAAAAGUGAAAUAUUACCCGUAUCAAGAAGAUGUUCAAAGGUUGCUGAAGAAAUAAAGAUUGAAAUGAUCUCGAGAAAUCAAGUGGAGAACUUAUUGCAUAAAGGUUUCACUUUCCCAUGCACUCAUAAAAGGCCUUGUCUUUGUGAGAGUCGAUAUAUCGAUGAUGGAUUUAGGGAAGAGAAUCCAAUAAUCGACUCACCCAUAAAACAACAAGCUCAACGAGUCGCCAACUCGAGUCCAUUCAAACUUUACAAGCAGAGACUU